AUGUCGGCAUCUUCACUCCCUAGAAAACGCCAACGGCUCUCAGACGACGAGCAUGCUAAUGACUCUGCCGUUUCUGGCGACGACGAAUUUGCUGACGAGUCGGGCUCAGACGACUUUGCCAGUGCAUCCGAUGAAAAUUCCGAUGAUGAUAUUCAAAAUCUCAAGCCACAGAAAUCUCGCCAAACGAAGAAACGAAAAAUCAGAGCAACAGCGCCUUCAACCUUUGGAUCUGCUCUACAGUCACUGCUAGGGACUGACGCCCCGUCAGCUCUUCCUUUGUCAUUAAAACCCUCAGUUGCGAGAAAACGAAAUGAUGAAAAGCUGGAAUCCAAAGCAAAGAAGGUUUUACAGGUGGAAAAGAAGGAAAAGGAGGAUAAAGGAAGGAUCAGAGAUAUCUAUGGUGGCUGGGGUGCUGAAAGCGAGUGCGCCUUGCGCAAAGUUGCUCAGCGAGGUGUCGUCAAACUGUUUAAUGUCAUACAACAGGCUCAAGCAGACGCUACCAAUGUGCAACAAGAAAAAAAGGCUGCAAGAGGUAGUGGCAAACCAUCCUUACCCGCGCCGGCUGCCGACAAGUCGAAAAAAUCAAAGGGUAAAAACCGUGACAAUAUUAUUGGGAGAGGGAAAGAAGCUGCAGUUGAAAAGGACGAUUUCUUCGACAUGAUUAGAUCUGGCGGUCUUGUAUCCAAGGCAUAG